GACGAUGGCGAUCCCUAUCCCCAUCUUGCCAUUCGUCACUCAGCCGAAGCAGCGAUAGAUAGUUCCUACCCUAAUCUGCCCCCGAUUGCCCGAACUGGCGAAGAGACUGAACAAAAACGCCGUAGACUGACGUAUCAAAGCCGAAAACGAGGCAUUCUAGAAACAGAUUUGUUACUGUCCACUUUUGCUAAAGUCUGGCUCCCUCAAUUUGACCGUGCUGCUUUAGACGAAUAUGACCAAUUAUUAGAUGAACCAGACUGGGAUAUAUUUUACUGGGCUACGAACAUGAAGCCUAUUCCUGAACGUUGGCGUCAUUCCAAGAUACUGCAGAUGGUAUCUCAACAUGCGAAAAACGAGGAAAAGAAGGUGCUUCGCAUGCCUGACCUGGAGUAA